AUGCAGGGAGAUGCAACAUUUGACCCAUUAGGAGGACACACAAUUUGGCAGGUUAUAGUAAUCGUCUUCCUCACUGGGUCACUUUCACUUGUUACCGUUGUUGGGAACAUCCUGGUUCUGGUGUCCUUCAAGAUCAAUAAGGCGCUGAAGACUGUGAACAACUACUACUUGCUGAGCUUGGCGUUCGCUGACCUGACCAUUGGCACUCUAUCAAUGAACUUGUAUACAACCUAUAUCAUCAUGAGUCAGUGGGCUCUGGGACCAGUGAUCUGUGAUUUAUGGCUGGCAAUCGAUUAUGUGGCCAGUAAUGCUUCUGUCAUGAACCUUCUUGUCAUCAGCUUUGACAGGUAUUUCUCUGUGACCCGACCUCUGACAUAUCGUGCAAAGCGCACCACCAAGCGGGCCAUGACCAUGAUUUGUUUAGCCUGGUCCACAUCAUUUAUUCUUUGGGCGCCAGCUAUCCUAUUCUGGCAGUACAUCGUUGGUGAGCGGACAGUACCGGAUAAUGAAUGCUUCAUUCAGUUUCUGUCUGAGCCCAUUAUUACAUUCUGCACUGCUAUAGCUGCAUUUUACUUGCCAGUUACGGUAAUGACAACGCUGUUCUGGAAGAUCUAUCAGGAGACAGAGAAACGAGCUAAGGAUAUACAAGGUCUGAAGGGCUCCGGUGCAGGAAACAGCCAGAGUCAAAACCACAGAAGUGGCGACAGUGUGAACAAGAGCCAAAAGGAAAAAUCAGAAACCUCAACACAACAAAUGAAUGACGGGAAUGAUGAGCAAAAUCAGCUGCCUUCAGAAAACGAUAAGGACAACUCGAAUGAAAAGAAGACUAAAAGGCCAAAGGAAAACAAUUCUGAGUUGAACAACUCACAGCCUGGUGACCCAUCCCCUGAAAAUACCUCACUGAAAGAGGGGGCCACUGUGAAAAAGUUUGCCGCAAAAGCCAAGACGGAGGUCAACAAGCGCAAGAAUGAAAAAAAAGCAAAUGACAAGAAAGCAGCAAAGACACUGAGUGCCAUUCUUUUGGCCUUCAUAACAACUUGGUUACCAUACAAUAUAAUGGUCUUAGUUAACACCUUCUGUGAAGACUGUAUCCCUGGAACUCUUUGGGCACUUGGAUAUUGGUUGUGUUACGUAAACAGCACAAUCAACCCUAUGUGCUAUGCCCUGUGUAACAAAACGUUUCGAAACACGUUCAAGAGUAUUUUAAUGUGCCAGUGGAAUCAAAACAAAAGCAAGCCUCAAUUUAAUAAAAGGAAUCCUGCAGCUUGCAGAAAGUAG